GGUCGAUCGCCGGCCGCAUCGGCCGCGCCAGCACCGCCAUCCCCCGCGCCCUCAUAAGAAGGGCGCGGAAGAAGCCGAGCCCUAAGGGCACGGAGGAGGCCUCAUGCGAGGGCGCCGGGGAUGACGCAGACGACGGCAUUGGCCUGGCGGAGCUGGGGCGGGCGCUGCAGCUCGUGCAGGACGCUGAGCGCCUGGACAUAAAUGUAGCGGAGUGUGACCUCGCGGAGCACCUCUCCGCGGCGCUCGGCCCCCAGGUUGGGCAGGAGCUCGCGGCCGCCCUCCGCGGUGAGGAGGACGACGAGGAGGAGGACGGCGUGUUCGGCGCGUUCUGGCGCGCCGUGGGAGGCCCUCGCGAGGAGUCUCCCGAGCCCAGCGCGCAGGGCAGCGACCCGACCCCCGCGAUGGUGGGGGCACCAGCUCAGGAGCUGCGGGCAAUCGCUGCACCCGCCGCGCAUGGAGAGGAGGGCGCCCCGUCGAGGGAGCGGGACGACCUCUCGCUGAUGGAGAACCGGGCGUGACCGCAGGCCUCGGCCGAGCGCGGCCGGGGCAAACGUUCCUCGCGCCCGCGCCCCGUGCGCUCUUGCGACAGGGUCGCCUCGGCCCCCUGAGCGCGCCGUCGCCUUCGGGGGGAA